GCAGCGCCAUCCAUGGGGUCCGGCGGCCGCCGCGCUGCGCCGGGGGCGCGGGCGCUGCCGCUGCUGCUCCUGCUGCUGCCCGCGCCGGCCGCCCCCGCCGCCCCGAGCCUCGCCGAUGUGGAUGAGUGUGCCCUUGGACUUGACGACUGUCAUCCAGAUGCUAUUUGUCAGAACACCCCAAAGCUGUACAAGUGCAUGUGCAAAGUGGGUUACACUGGCGAAGGGAAGAAAUGUGAAGACAUUGAUGAAUGUGAUAACGACUUCAACGGCGGCUGUGUGCACGAGUGUUUCAACAUUCCAGGAAAUUAUCGCUGCACUUGCUAUGAUGGCUUCAUGUUGGCUCACGAUGGCCACAACUGCAUGGAUACAGAUGAAUGCAUGUUCAACAACGGUGGUUGCCAGCAUGUUUGUGUCAACACUGUGGGGAGCUAUGAAUGUCGCUGUAAGGAAGGGUUCUUCCUAAGCGACAAUCAGCACACCUGCAUUCACCGCUCAGAAGAAGGUAUGAGCUGCAUGAAUAAAGAUCAUGGCUGUGCCCACAUCUGCAGAGAAGCGCCCAAAGGAGGGGUUGCCUGUGAAUGCCGACCGGGAUUUGAGCUGUCCAAGAACCAGAGGAGCUGCAUUUUAACAUGUAAUCAUGGAAAUGGUGGCUGUCAACAUACAUGUGAUGAUGCGGAUAAUGGACCUAUUUGUGGAUGUCAUCCCAAGUACAUCAUGCAUGUAGAUGGGAAAACCUGCCUGGAGAGGGAGGAGGCUACUCUUGAAAUUUCUGAGGGUAACACUACAGGAGGAGUUGAUGUAGACAAGAGGGUAAAGCGACGAUUGCUCAUGGAAACAUGUGCAGUAAAUAAUGGUGGCUGUGAUCGUACUUGUAAAGAUACAUCAACCGGAGUUCAUUGCAGCUGUCCUGUUGGAUUCACACUCCAGUUUGAUGGGAAGACAUGUAAAGAUAUUGAUGAAUGCCAGUCCAAUAAUGGAGGCUGCGAUCAUUUCUGUAAAAACACUGUUGGCAGUUUUGAUUGCAGCUGCAGAAAAGGAUUUAAAUUAUUAACAGAUGAGAAAUCUUGUCAAGACAUUGAUGAAUGUUCUUUUGAACGGGCGUGCGACCACACGUGCAUCAAUCAUCCAGGCACCUUUGAAUGUACUUGUAACAAAGGAUACGCCCUCUAUGGCUUCACACAUUGUGGAGAUAUUAAUGAAUGUAGCAUCAACAAUGGUGGUUGCCAACAGAUGUGUGUGAAUACAGCGGGAGACUAUGAAUGCCUGUGUCAAUCCAACUACAAAUUACACUGGAAUAAAAAGGAUUGUGUUGAGGUAGAGGAGCCGUUGCCCGAUAAUAACUCACCCAAGGUAUUGCUGCACUGCCUUAAGAGUGGUGGGAGCGAUAGAUGCUUCUUAAGCUGCUCAUCGGAUGUCCAGGUAGUUUCUGGAAUACACGAUGCCUACACCUUUAUUUGUGGCAGCUCUUCUCAGCUUAAGAAAAAGCAGCAAAAUACAAAUUCAUCUGCUUGGCUAGAUACCUCAGCCAUCAAGAUAAGCGUAACCUUUAAGUUAAAAGAAGGAAAAUGUAGUUUGAAAAAGACUGAGAUGUUUCAAGAAGGUCUGGAACAGAUGAUACCAGAGAGACAUAAUUCAUUAAUGGAGAGUUUCCACUAUGCAAACCUAACAUGCAGCUCUGGCAAGAAAGUUCAUGGACCCUUCAGUAGACUGCCAGCGACUAGAGAAAUUUUUAUCACUGCGGACUUCGAGCUUGAAACAAGCCAUAAGGAGGUGACAGAUACAUGUGAUGUGCGUUGUGCACGGAAAAAGACUGAAAAGAGGUUCCGUAAAACCGUUCGAACAUUACGGAAGGCAGUCAGCAGAGACCAUUUCCGUGUUCGUGUGUCUGGCGUGGACCAUGAAAUAGUGAAAAAGUCUCUCAAGCUAUCAGAGCCACAAGAAUCAUGUGGUGUAGGACAGAUGCAUGUGGGUAACAGAUGUGAUCAGUGCUCACCAGGUGAAUAUUCCCCUGAUGGCUUCAAACCCUGUCUGCCAUGUCCCCCUGGAACAUACCAGCCUGAAGCUGGACGGGUGUCCUGCUUUCCCUGCGGAGGAGGUCUAACAACAAGAUACAGUGGUGCAUCCUUGUUUCAGGACUGUGAGACCAAAGUUCAGUGUUCACCUGGCCAUUUUUAUAAUACUACAACUCAUCGAUGUAUUCGCUGCGUAGUUGGGACAUAUCAGCCUGAGUUUGGACAAAAUUACUGUAUUUCGUGCCCUGGAAACACCACUACUGACUUUGAUGGGUCAACUAAUAUAACACAAUGCAAAAAUAGGCAGUGUGGAGGUGAACUGGGAGAUUACACUGGAUAUAUUGAAUCACCAAACUAUCCAGGGUACUAUCCUGCGAAUGCUGAGUGUAUUUGGAAUAUUAACCCACCGCCAAAGCGCCGUAUUCUGAUUGUGGUUCCAGAAAUAUUUCUGCCAAUAGAAGAUGAGUGUGGAGACUACCUGGUGAUGCGAAAAAGCUCUUCUUCCAAUUCUGUGACCACGUACGAAACCUGCCAAACCUAUGAACGCCCUAUAGCUUUCACUUCGAGGUCUAAGAAGCUGUGGAUCCAGUUCAAGUCAAAUGAAGGGAACAAUGCCAAAGGAUUCCAAGUUCCCUACGUAACGUAUGAUGAGGAUUACCAAGAGCUAAUAGAAGAUAUUGUUCGGGAUGGUAGACUUUAUGCAUCUGAAAAUCAUCAAGAAAUACUUAAGGAUAAGAAGCUGAUAAAAGCAUUAUUUGACGUGUUGGCACAUCCACAGAACUACUUCAAGUACACAGCCCAAGAAUCAAGAGAGAUGUUCCCGAGAUCCUUCAUACGACUGCUGCGCUCUAAAGUUUCCAGAUUUUUGAGGCCUUACAAAUAGCCAGUGCUGUACUUAAACUACUAACCAGCCCUGGGCAUGCACAGAGGGGUUGUAGUAGAUGAGGCUGCUUUCUAUGUUUUACUCAGUGGUGGAGAGACUCUGAGGAAGCUUGCCAGCCAGCUCCAUUCUGGGCAGAGUUUGGCAUUCUCAGCUAAUAUAAAUAUUUUGAUGACCAGAAUUUUGAUUCCUUUCCAGAUAAUACCUUUUGGGUAUCCGGGAUCCUUUAUGGGUGCGUGUAUUAGAGACUGAGCAUAAUUUCUGUAACUGAAUGGUGCCAGCAGAAGUUUGUAGAGCUCUGCGCUGACACUUCAUCAUUAACUCCAAAAGCUAAUGAGGACAGACAGGCUAAGUAGUAGGUUACUAUAAAUGCACAUUUCUUCAAGAAAGCUGGGUUCACGUUCAGCCUUACUGAAAGUGAGGACAAAAUUGACACCUGUCUUAACUUUUGCUGUGCAGGAAAUUCAGAGUUAAGAUUGAAAUGUUUUUAAUCUAAACUAGUGUGUCCAAGAAUUGCACAAGAUGUCAUUUUUCCUUGAACUCUGUGUUGUAUGAGGCAUAUGGAGGAAUGAGCAAAGUGUUAAAUAUUAGCUUGAAUACUCUAGGUCUGGAUCAUACUGUAUUUCUCUGUAUUCAUGCUGAUGAUCCAUUGGUGGAAUAAUGCCGAGAGGAAAGCCAGGCGCCAUGCUAAUGGAAAACAGACCCUGACCCACUGGGUACUUCUGUUUUGCCCUGACUGCAAAUGCUCAAUGGAACGGAUGCUUUGCUAAGUCCCAGUGCUCUUUCCCUGUACACAGGCCUGGGACAGAAUGAGGCACUGCCUCUUCAAAGUAGUGUGAAAGUCUACCUUCUGAGCACCUACAGCUGAACUCAUAAGCCCCAUUUUAAGUGUAGGCUUUGCAUGCAGAUUAUGCUCUUGUGUAUCACUGUUUAAAUCUCUAUAAGGUCCUCAUACAGGCACCAGUCUUUAUAUUCUUUAUCUUGUCUGAGCAGCUUUCAAUGGCCUUGCUGAGCAGAGCAGGGCUGCUUUCCCUGUCUUGCUGGAGAGGAGUGGAAGGAUGGAGAUACUCCUCACCCAGACUGAGGGCAUAGAGGAAGUCUGGGGCAAACAGCAGUUCUCGGUUCCCAGAGUCUUGGAUCUAGAAUCUGAGGAGAAGGAUUCUCCUCAGAUUAUAUUUCUUACACAAGAGAAGGCUAUUCUGAAAGGGCCUGAAGGGACAACUAGGUUGAUCAAAAUAUUUUUGUUUUCUGAAUGCUUUUCUGCCCAGUUAUAUUACAUCAUUGUCCUCUGGCCAUGCAAACCAUUUCUGCAGUGGGGAGUACUUUCUGGACCUUGUGUCCGGAAGGGAGACAGCCUGUAACCCACUCACUUGGACUUACAACCUGUUUCUUUCAGAAUAGGUCACUGGCAGUGCGCUGAAUGACUCAGCAGGUGCAAAACCUCAUCUGUGUGCCCCUUUAGGAAAGGUACCAAAAUUCUGCAGGGCAGCCAGGCUGAUUGCUCCCUUUUCUAGGGUUUGGAGUCGGAGCUCUUUGGCUUUCAUUCAAAUGGCAUGUGGUAUUUAACUGUUGUGUGUGAAUAAUGCCACAUUCACAGUACGAUAGAUGAAACUCCCAUCCAGAACCAGGAGCUGAGUCUCUAGGAGCAAACGAAAGCAGCCUUAUCACAUUGUCACACUAUGGGAGCCCCGUUCUGCAGCGUGCAGGACAGUGUAGCCCGUCAUGUGCUGAGGGGUGCGUCUUGCUCCUGGUGUGAUGCGGAGGGGCAGCCCUCAGACUGUCACUGGGGAGGACACUCUCUUGGGACAGGUGAUAGGAUGCUGGUUUCCCUGUGGUGCUGCUCAGAAGGACCUGCCACGAUCCAGGCAGAGGAUAGGAGCUGCUUGUGCUGGUGCCAAGAGGGAGAAGUAUGUCCCGACUGGCCACACCAGGGGUUCUGCUCUGGCUCAGGCACUGCUUCUGGGUUCCUGCUGGCACAGUGGUGGGUGCCCACUGCAGGAACCAGGCUGCCAGGCCUGCAGCAAGGGGCAGCUAAUGAGGCCAUGGGCAUGAAGGAGGCUGGGGCAGAUCUGCAGAAUGGAGGGGAGGGGACCCAGGACCCUGUGCUUCCCUGGCUGGUGAACUCCAGCCUGAACCGGCCCCCUGGCACCAGAUGCAGUAGGACAACAGGAGUGAUCUGGAAGGAGAUAGUGCGACUGGAGAGAGGAAUGACUAAGGGAUGAGAGAAGGAGUGAUGGGAAAGGCGUGCGGUAUCUGUGGUGAAUGUACGCUGCUGUGCUGAGCUCGCAGCAAGGCAUUUCCAGACAGCUCCCUCCUGGGUGCAGGGCCUGGCCUCUCUCCUGCCCAUGGCUCCCUGCACCAGAUGCAGCGUGAGUCAGUGAGUCACGGUGCUGGAGCUCCUCGGUGUGGACGAGAGGCCGCAGCAGUUGCUCUGAGCGCAUGGAUGCUGCACGAGCACAUGAGCUGCUUGUGAGCACUGGAGUGGCUUGACUACUCUCCCCCAGGGAAGCAAGCCGCUUCUCACUGAAUUCCCUCAUGAGAAGGCUUAAAGUUUAACGGCUCUUUUUUGAGGGAAAAAAAAUGUCCAAAUAUUGUUCAUCAGUGCACUUUGGAUUUGUUGCACUGCACUCAUCUCAGGCACACUGAUGUUCCAGCUCUGCAUGGCUCCUCUGUGACCAGGGUCUCACCUUAGGUCCACAUGGUGGAUCUCAGCUUUGCCUCUCUGUUGCCCCGUGGGCAUGAGGCAUUUUUGCUGCUGUCUGUGGAAGUUUCAGGCAUGUGGAGGGAGAGGAGUGUAUUGCUGGGUGUGCAGAGCAGGAAGACCUGCCCUUUAUGAGGAAGAAUCCUUUUUGUUCCACAGCGAUGUUUUUUGUAAGUAAAAAGUAAAUGCCUCGGAAGCUUUUCUGUUACCUUUGAUAUGAACAUGAAUAAAAAAUCCCCUUUUACUGUAGAUACUGUGUGUGCAGUACAAAGUGAAGAGGGAAUUUUUGCCAUCCUAAACAUUGGAAGAAGUGAUAACUACGGCAGAAUGUUGUAACGCUUGGUAUUGUAACUUCAUAGCAAUGGUAGUGGCUGCUUAGAAAUUCGAGUUUCUGCUUUCAAUGUGGUUGUAGACUGAUCUUAUUUCUUAGCAAGAAAUAAUUAAAAGAAAUGUUUAAGCAACAGAAUUUAACUUUUGAAAUGAUUAUUAGCAUUAACUGGAUGGCUUAGUGUCGCCUAUGUGAAAUAUUCAUAGGGAUCUUUUUCAUGACUGUAAAUUAAUGUAAAA